UUUUGUUGGGGGGGCAGAACAUCAGAUAUAUAUUGAAGUUUAUUGAUUUUGAUUGAUUUAGGGGAGCAGCUGCCCCUCCCCUUGGCUACACCCAUGUGUAUAGAACAGUUGCCAGUGUUCGUAAUACACCUUGUAAUCUGUCCUUGGUUCUUUAUUUUUCCUUGUCACCCUCUCUUAAUUUAAACUAACCUCUUGCUGAUCACUUUUCCUAUCUCUGUGUGAGGUUUACUUCCUUUCAUGAAUGGUAAGUUUGUCAGACUAAGGAUGAGUUCUGUCUAGGCCUUUUUGGAAAGCUGGUACAGUACAUCAAAUGCAGUCAUACCCCAGAGCUGGUUUGGACGGAUACAAAGAACGGCAUUGCUCUUUGCCCACAGCAAUUGGAAUACUUGGUGAGAGUGUGGUCGCAUAUACAUUCACACACUUACUUACCUUUCCCUGUCUGUAUGCCAGAUUAUUUCAGUCCAGUGAUUCAUUAAGCCUUGGCAUUUUAUAUUCUGACAAUGGCCAUUCCAAUGCCACAAAGAAGUACAUAAGUGAAGCAAGAUGGUGAUAUUUCCUCCUUUGUCUUUCAUCUCCACAGCCUAUUAGAAAUGGGUAUAACAUUUCUAGAUACAGUGUACCUCGGUUUAGGAACACAAUUGAAGCGAACUUUCCCAUUGAAAGUAAUGGAAAGUGGAUUAAUCCGUUCCAGACGGGUCCGCGGAGUACUCAACCUGAAGCGUACUUAACCCGAAGCAUGGGUGUAAUUGGUUCCGGAAGUCUGUUCAUAAACUGAAGCGAACUUUCCCGUUGAAAGUAAUGGAAAGUGAAUUAAUCCGUUCCAGAUGGGUCCAUGGCAUUCGUAAACCGAGGUGUUCGUAAACCGAGGUUCCACUGUAUAGACUUUGAUAAGGCUACAUACAAGCUACCUCUGCUAGUAGCCACUGAUGUAUCUGUUCUCCGUGUUUUGUAUUAAAUCAAUUAUAAUAGGAUCAUACAUCCUGCAAGUGAACAAUUCUGAUUUGCAUUGAAUUUGUUGGUCUGGAGACCACCUGUGUUUUUAUUGUGCUGAUUACUGCACCCUCUGCUUCAAAUCACUACCAAGUUCUCAAUUUAUUGAACAUGGAUGUUAAACCAGCUGUUUUCUUUUACAAAAUGGGUUUCAGUACGUUGUGGGUGCUCCCCAGAAAUGUAAAAGUGGACUCUUUUACAAUAAAAUGACUUGCAUAAAAAUAUGAGCAUUAGGCAGAAUUUCAUUUAGAAGCCAGUUGGGGCAUAAGGAAUCAUGCCCUUAAGGAAAGUACAGUUAAAAUGAAACAUCUUACUUUUCUUAGAAUCAGAGUCUUCUUGUUUCAACAAUUUAGGAGGUAUUACUGGAUCUUACUGGAUCAACACCUUUAAAAAGGCUUUAAACAUUUUUAAAGCAACAUUGUUGAUUUAAUUACUGUAACUGUAAGGCAGUAAAUAUUCAGUCAUGCAUUCCAUCCAGUGCAGGCUGUUAAGCAUACAGCACAGGGUUGUAUCACCUUUUUGUGGUACACAAAACAGCAGAAAAACGAAUAGCUGUUUAAAGUCCAAGAAGGGUGAGUAGAAGAUGGAGGAAGCAACUGAAUGACCCAUUUCCCUUCAGUGAGAAAUGGGAACAAAGCAUCAUUAUGCUCACUGUGUGUUAUUACCAAUGUGAAGCUGUAUUGCUUGUAUAAAAGAUCAGCUGAAACCAGGCCUAUAUAUUAAAACAGUCUGGCUGUAUUAUUCAUUUUCUGUCAUCCUACCUCAGCUGCAUGUUCAAUCCUUCCAAUCCUCAAGAAAGAUUGUUUUGUUGUUCACAGUUGGCUCUAGCUACGGAGACAUCAAAUGUGCUCCCUCUUUCUGAUUUACAAGCAAACACUUGUCAGGGGUCAAAGGCGUUGCCUGAUGUGAAUUUUCCCCCAGCUCUCCUAACCCACUAAAAAAAAAGGCAUCUUGGAGGCCACAAAAAGAUUUUGGGGAGGCUGUCUGUGGCCUGUGAGCUGAGGGUUUGCCACCCCUGCACUAAGGUAAAGAGUUCUGCAUGUACAUAGCACCACCUACUGAAAAAGCUGGCCUUCGCAGUUCAGCCAUUUUCAUUAGUGCCGCUGUGCUGUGAGAGAUGGAGAAACUCUUAUCUUUUUCUUCUAGUUUCUUCUAGACCUAUUAGCAUGGUUAUCUCUUGUGGACAUGCCACUAAAAUUUUCUACCGCUAUGCAUGUGGCCCUAAUUCAGCUAGUAACUAGUCAACCACUGGAGUCCAAGAAUUCCUGGAUUUUGCUCACAGGACUGUUAGAUCAGACCAAAGGCCCAUCUAGUCCAGCAUCCCUUUUUUCACAGUGACCAGGCAGAUGCCUUUGGGAAGCCCACAGCCAGGACAUGAGCACAAUCGUGCCCCCUCAUAAUUGCAAGCAACUGGUAUUAAGAGGCAGACUGUCUCAGAUAUGGUAGUUAGUCAUAGCCACCAUAACUAGUAACCACUGACAGCCUUAGGCUCCAUGAAUAUAUCUCAUUUGUAUUAAUUUGUACACUAAUGCGACACCUUCAGUAAAAUAUGGAUGUGCCACAAUCUAUCAUGCUAGUACCAGUCAUAGCUAUUUUUGUUAUGUGCAUAUCUGUACUUCUAUAAAAUAGCUUUUGUAAAGUAGGGUUCCCCCCAUGAAUGCAUUCAUUGAGAGGCUGAUAACAGGAACUGAUUCUCCAGUGUGCACUGGGCCAAACAGCAGUUUCCGUGUUACAAAACACAUGCUUUCAUACAAGUAUGGACCGGAGAAUACCAAAAUACAAUGUGAGAAUUGGUGCCAAGUUCCCUAACCUCAGCUUUACACUUGCAAGAAAAAAAGGUCCCAAUUAAGUUCAUAGCUGGCAAAUAACAUUUCAGAGCCACUUCAAAUGUUACAUUUUAAAAUGUACGUCUAAGAUAAAGUGUGUUCCUAAAUAUUAAGAGGAUGAAUGCCACAAAUGCACGUAGCAGAGACGUUCACUCAUUAGGGAGCUGUGACUGUCAACAGCCCUCUCAGGAAUGUAUGUUAUUUGGCAAUCUGAGGUUUGCUGCUGUUUAAUGUGCGAAAUGAUCCUCGGUGUUAAAUCCUUCUGCAUUUAAUACUCGGGUUUCCAAGAUGUGUGUUUGGAAUCCUAUAGAAGGCAGCGUUCUUGGCCCUUGUGCUUAACAAGCAUCACACAUCUCAUCUCAUGGUUAGGCUGCUCAUAAACCCUUAGUGCUCUUAGAGUCUAUUUAAUGCUAGAAUGGAAAUGGAUGAAAGCCUUAAUUUGCUAUACCACAGCAGCAAAGGAUGCCUUCUCUGGUAUAUUUAUAAAAGCAACGUAGAGGGAAGGACAACGGCUGCCUCUGGCUUGCUUUCUGACCUUGGGAGUUACCAAGACUGGCAUUCCUGUGAAGUCAUGUGACCAGGAUUGGCGGGCACAGCUGUCACCAAUGGAGGGGAGGGGCACAGGAGUGGCCAUUCCGAUUGAAUUUCACUCCAGCCACUUGAGAUUUUUCUCUUCUUUUCUUGCAGUGGUUUUUUUUCCCCUUCCACCUCUUUUGUUCAUUGAUUCAGGUUUUAGAAAGUUUAGCAGGACAGCAGCAUCCAAGAUGCUAGCCUAGAAUAUUAGGAUGGUUGCCCUAAGAUCUUGGUGGCCGCAUUUGCCAUCUCCUGCUGACAUUCCUUCAUCUGAAUCGUCCGAGGUUCCUGUGGUCCAGAGCCUCCGAAUGGUAAAAUCUGCCUUCCAGUUUUAGCAGCAACUUUAUUGUGUUUUACGGUGUGUCUGCUGUCCUGGCAGGUUAGUAUAUGACGCUCUUGAGCACAAAGGAGAUGGGUCAGGACCAGACAAAGCAGCAGAUAGAAAAAGGACUCCAACUUUACCAGUCCAACCAGACAGAAAAGGCCCUGCAAGUUUGGUUGAAGGUUUUGGAAAAGAGCACAGAUGCUGCUGGCAGGUUUCGAGUCCUGGGUUGCCUCAUCACCGCUCACUCAGAGAUGGGCAGGUACAAAGACAUGCUAAAGUUUGCAGUUGUGCAGAUUGACACAGCCCGGGAGCUGGAGGAUCCGGACUACCUUACAGAGAGCUACCUGAAUCUGGCUCGGAGCAAUGAGAAGCUCUGUGAAUUCCAAAAAACCAUCUCCUAUUGCAAGACCUGCCUGAACAUGCAAGGUACCACAGUGAGCCUGCAGCUCAAUGGCCAAGUCAGCCUCAGCAUGGGCAAUGCCUACCUCGGCCUCAGCAUCUUCCAGAAGGCUCUGGAGUGUUUUGAGAAAGCCCUGCGCUACGCCCACAACAAUGACGACAAGAUGCUGGAGUGCCGCGUCUGCUGCAGCUUAGGGAAUUUCUACACACACCUCAAGGACUAUGAGAAAGCCCUUUUCUUUCCAUGCAAGGCUGCGGAGUUGGUGAAUGAUUAUGGAAAGGGCUGGAGUCUAAAGUACCGAGCGAUGAGUCAGUACUACAUGGCUGUGGCCUACCGGAAGUUGGGGCGCUUGGCCGACGCAAUGGAAUGCUGUGAGGAGUCAAUGAAGAUUGCCCUUCAGCAUGGAGAUCGUCCUUUGCAGGCACAAUGCCUGCUCUGCUUUGCUGAUAUCCACCGCAGCCGUGCAGAUGUACAGACAGCAUUCCCCCGUUACGAUUCCUCAAUGAGCAUCAUGACCGAGAUUGGGAACCGGCUGGGACAGAUCCAGGUGCUGCUGGGCGUGGCCAAGUGCUGGGUGAUUCAGAAGGAACUGGACAAGGCACUAGAAAGUAUAGAGAAGGCUUAUGAACUGGCAGAGGGACUAGGAAACAAGCUUGGCCUGCUGAAGAUUCACUGCCUGUGUGAAGGCAUCUACCGCACAAAGGGGCAGCAGCGGGAGCUUCGCAACCAUGUGGUGAAGUUUCACGAAUGUGUGGAAGAAAUGGAGCUUUACUGUGGCAUGUGUGGCGAAUCCAUUGGAGACAAGAACCACCAGCUCCAAGCUUUGCCCUGCUCCCAUGUCUUCCAUAUAAAGUGCCUUCAGACCAAUGGGACACGUGGUUGCCCCAAUUGCCGGCGCUCAUCUGUUAAACCAGGAUUUGUGUGAUCCACUGAAUCCAUGAUUUAAGAGAGCUCAUUUGAUAAGUGUCAAAUAGCUGGAACAUUUUAGGCUCAUGGUAUGGAGAUGGGGAACCAAUGGGUAGGAAGAGGGUCUCCUGCAGACUGGAUGCAACAUGUGGACCUAGUUCUCUGCUACCUGAUGUUCCACACACCUGAGUUGUGGAUGUGUACCUGCCAUCUCUUUCCUCAAAACCAGUUAUCACAACCGAUAUGUCACCUCUGUUCUUUGAAGGGAGUUGGUUAGCAUGUCUUCCUACAAUCCCAGUCCUCUCAUUCUCAUGUUCUGCUGCUUCUGGUAGCUUCUACCAGGUCCAGUUCUGACAUUCACACCACACACCUUGUUUUUAUUCAUUCCUUGUGGGAAACAAAAUUAUCAUGACAACACACUGUAUAUGGAUGUAGCUAUGGAGAGGCACCAGCCAUUUCCCAAAUAUUGCUAUAAGUUACUUCCUCGUGGCAUGUAUUGGGUGCCUAGCAGCAGUUCCCUGUAUAUACUUUGGGAAAUUAAUAUGAUAUCUGUAAUAUAAAAUAGGAUCCUUUGAUGAGCUCACCUGGCUUGUCAAAUCCACGCUUCUUUUGCCUUAGAAUGUUCAGCUCUGUGAUGUCUCCACCUGUCCUUCAGCAAUGUGUUGUUUGUGUGUCUGCCACAGUGUGCUUGGGAUUCUGCCCAGAGUACUGGAUUUAUUUGGCUUGAGAGCCGCUUUGUUCUGCUCCUGCAGAAAAUCCAGUUGCUGCACGGACUACAAAGGGGAAACCUCUUGGGCCAGGGUGGGGGAAGGUGUUUGGAGGGGGAUUUCUUUUGUUUUAUUCCUUUGCCAUAGUAUUGUGAUGUUACACAAGCAGAAGCAGUUAUCUGUCUGCAAUUAUGUUGUCUUCAGUAUAUUUAUACAUUUGGUAAAACUAUUUAUACUGGAAUCAAUAAAGUCGUAUCAGCCAACGACUCAGUAUUUUUGAAUUACCUUGUAUCUCCCACCACCACCACCGCCCACAAACAUUAAAAGCAGUUUUUAACCCAGUAAUGCAUGCUGUAGUUAGCAUCAUUUUUUAUUAAUAUACUGUUGCAUUUUGUGUUCCUAUCAAAACAACAACGACAACAGAAACUAAAGGAAAACCAGAAUGGAGAGAGAAGGGAAUGGCAUCAUUUUUAAUGCAAGACCUAUUUGAGGAGAAUUGGAAAAGGCUUGUGAGCGACCCUAAGUGUGGAUGAGGGAAUAAAUCAGUAUGUUCGUUAGGGUUUUUGUGGAUUUCUUAUGGUAUGUGUGUGCAGAAUAUUAGCAGAUUUCACAAGAAUCCUGCUUUUUCACUGCCAGCUCUCUUUGGUUUGACAGCAAGUUGACUUGGGAGGUGGUUGGAGGAGGAGAGAUUGUAUUUUCUACAGAUUACCGGUACAGUUGACUUUGGGAUCCCGUCUGUACAGCCCUACAGGAGAUAUAAACAGGAAAAGUUCUUACCAAAAGCACAUUUUGAAGGCUAUGGCCCUCAUCCCUAUAAGGCAGCAUAGGAGUUGCAUCAUGAUGAGGACUUGGACCCUGAUCUAUAUGUAGCAUGCUAGAUUAAAUCCGUACCUGUGUUUUACAGCUUUCCAGAAGACAUAUUUCACAAAGACUGCAAUCCUAAGCACAUUUGUUGUGGGAUUUACUUUUGAGAAAAUAUGCUUACAGUUGCAUAGUAUGUGAAGAAUGGCGUUGAGAAUAUUCUUAUCAAACAACUAGUGAAGACAGACACACUGGAAAGUCAUUUCAGGUCUUUAGUUUAUUUUUCUAGUUGUUUGUUAUAAUACAGCAGAAAAACCACAAUUCAAGACCAUUAAAGGUUAAAGGUAGUAGCAAGGGACCAAGCUUUACCAAGCUGUGCCCACUAGAUAUAAAAACGAAAAACAGCUUUCAACAAUGCUUUCAAACUUGCCUUUUCUUAUGUGAAAAAAUGUGGUGUGUUGUUUUUUUAAUUAGGUUGUUCUGAAAGGGUUUCCUGUACAAGAAAGAGAGGAACUACAAUGACAUCUUCAUGUUGCUGUGGUAUAUUGUAAAUAAGCAAGCUCAAGCUUUAUUAGGAUUUAUACACUAUUCUUUCAAUAAAUUAUCAGGGUGGUGGCUUACAGUAAAUGUUCCUAGCAUGGGUUGUAGAGGGAUGAGAGCUUGCAACAAUCUCCUAGCAUGAUGUCACCCAUUAUUAAUAAUCCAUCUUGCUGAUGUGAUGGUGGCAUGCUGAGAGAGACAGUGGCUUAUAUGACAACCCUCUAAUGAAGUCCACUUUUAGCAUUCCCAUAUUGCAGACUGCGUGAGAAUUUUAACCAAGUGUGGGUCACGAUCUCCACCUAUCUGAUGCGGGACUGGGUGAGAACGACUUGGCAGCGGUCUUUAUUGUUGAAACAUGACUCAGAUCCCGGUCUCAACUGCUCUAUUACACAGUAAACACAUUUUACGUAAAUAACGGCGAUUGCAAAGGAGAAGAGCGCUAAGGAUGUUCUUUCGUCUGAACCACCUGACGUUGUGCGUAUGGGAACAUUGAGACGCUGUCAAUUAACUGAGCACUUUAAAGGGAAAGUUCAGUUAAAUGACUGACUGAAUAUUAUAUCCCUAAAAGGCUUUAAAGCUAAGCUGGCCUCCGGAAUCGUUCUUCCCCCGCCUCUCUCCUUCCCUGUUGCUGGCCCCCGUUUUCCAGCCCUGCCAGC